AUUUAUCUACCUGCAGUCUAGUCGUCCAGGAGUAAAGCCAUCGACAAGUCACCAUCAGGAUGCCUCCAGUUACUCAUUUGUUUUUCGCCGCUGUGUCCGCGUCGUGCUUCACUAUAGCGGCGGCCGCUUCACUUGACUUGCCUAUUAUUGUGGACAACGGCUACAAAACCGUCGAGUUCGCCAUCGGCACGCCUUCCAAGACCUACCGCCUUCUUUUUGACACUGGAAGCGCGUCAUCAUGGGCAGUCGAUGGCACUUGUACGGAUACAUGCCCCAAUGGGAGCGGAUACGAUCGUGUUGGUUACAACAUCAACGGUUCAACUACAGGUCACUACACUGGCGGCUAUGCGGACAUCCCCUAUUUAGGAGGCAGAACUGCCGGCCCCGCAGUGUCUGAAGUGUGGAAGACCGACGGCCGGGUUUGGAACCAGACUUUUAUUGCAGCCAACGAGAGCAACUGGGCGGCGCUGGCCGCCGACGGCUUCAUGGGUCUCGCUUUUAGCUCCAUCAUCGAUGGCGGCGCCAACACAGUGGUCGAGACGCUCAUGGCAGAAGGCCAUCUUGAUGCGGCGAAGUUCGGUAUUUACUACGGUACUGAGUUCAACGACACUAAAGGCCAGCCGGGCGAUGGAGUAUUGACCAUUGGCGCAUCUAAGGAGAGUGAGUACGUCGAGGGUGAGCUAGUCACGAUCCCCAUCACUCGUGUUGAUGGAGGAUAUGAUGUCUGGCGCAGCACGAUACUAGCCGUUAAUGGAACGAAGAGAGUCAACGGCAUUGAGAUUCAGACCAAGACGGACUUCGACAUUGGCAACGUCGUUUUCGAUACGGGCGCUGGGUCUAUUACCCUACCCGACGAAGAAAACCUCAAGGUCUACGAGUCGAUAGGCAUGAACUACACAGCGAUUCUGAACGGCGAGCAUAUACCCCUUUGCAGCGAGUUCAAUUCGUCGUGGUCACUCUCGUUUAGCUUCGGUGACUACCGCGAUCCCCAAGUGGUCACUCUAAGGGGAGACCAACUACGCCGUCCGGGAUUUGCAUACAGAGAUGAUGCAUGCUGGCCGCCUUUCGACGGUGGCGCCUCACCCGGAUUCACCCUGAUUGGCACCCCUUUCCUGCGAAACUUUUAUACGGUGUGGGAUUACGGGGUGAGCCCAACAGAGACAGACAUCUCGAAGUUUGACCCGCAGUUGUCUUUUGGAGAACUCAAGUUAAAAACAAACUGAAAGAUAUGUCGGAGUGUAGAUAGUACAUUAGCGAGCCUAAGCAGAGACUAGAUGCCAGUUCUUUUACUAGAAUAUUGCUAGUAGAUGUGUAGUAAAAUAACUCAGACUGAUAUUAGAUAGGU